GGUACGCCAGCCAGUCGACCCGUAACCGUGGAGGAGAGAUGUGUGUGGCCAGGCUGUUCCCCGUGCUGCUGCUGACACUCAGUGUGGCGGCGGCCUCUCGACUAAGGCAACGUUCAGACUGUCGUGAAUGCCCAUUACCAUGCCAAGAGGUACAACGGUCAGAUGGCUCCUGUCCAGUCUGUAUCUGCGGUGAUAUUGCACUCGCUGACUGCCCCAAUGAACCAGUGAACUGUCCACCUAAGUGCAACAUUGAAUUUGACUUUAAUGGUUGUAGAAAGUGUGCAUGUCCUCAACAUUAUUCUGUGGGGUGUCCCUCCCUGUCCUUGUGCCCCAAGAAAUGCCAACAGCUCACCAGCAGAAGUGACUGUCCUGAGUGUGUAUGCAGCACUGAUGAACGUUCAUGUCCUACCAUCAGCUGCCCUCAAGAGUGUACAGUGGAGGUCGGUGGCGAUGGCUGCCACCGCUGUAACUGCGAGAAAACUGCAGUAUGUCCAUCAAUGCCCACAUGUCUCCGCAGAUGUAUAAGUUUGCAUGAAAACAGCAGCUGCUUCUAUUGUAACUGUACAAUAGUUCCAAAUGGUCCUUUUAAACCUUUUUUCAGGGGUUCAUUUCCACUGAAUUCAUUUGGAUCUAGGCCAAUGGGCCCUGAAUUUUUUGAUUAUGAUUUACCUUUUGAAACAGAAUAUUUUGAGAGGUAUCACCCUAGAUUAGGACCUUUCAAUAGGCACCCUUAUGCUGGCCCUGGAGAUAUAGAAGGUCUGUCUACACGCUGUCACAACCAGCAGCGUAUUUUUUGUCCAAUAGGAUGUCGCACAGCCAUGGAUGCAAAUGGAUGUCACCAGUGUUACUGUGGAGAUGAUGCCUAUAUAUGUCCUGGUGUGCAAAGUUGUAAAAGUAAUUGCCUCUUCUUAAGUUUCGAGGAUGGAUGUGGUCGGUGUGCAUGCCCUCAACAGCACUCUAUUAAUGAGUUCGGCAUGAUUAUGGGAAAUGAUCAAGGUCAGCACCUUACGCCUCCUAUACUGACCAAACCAUUAUUCAUACACGAAAGUUUCAAAGGAAGACCUCUCUUGUCAUCUCCUAAAACUCCAACCUUGAAUCAGGAAAAGUCUUGCCCACUGGAGCCCACCACUUGUGAUCCGAGAUGCCAGAUGCUGGUGGGAGGUAACAGAUGCCAGCAGUGUAAAUGCGCAGGCAUCUUGUGCCCACGUGUCCACUGUUCUGUGAAUUGUACCCAGGAUGUUGACACCAUUGGUUGCCCCUUCUGUCGUUGUGGCAGCAAUCAUCCUCAACCUUCUCAAUCAAACAACUUUAAAGCUGUUAAUUCAACCAAUGAACCGAUUGAGAUUCAACCUACAAAUGCUACACCUUUUGAAACUGAAGCAAAUACAGUGGAUGAUCUUGUAACAGAGUCAAUUAGUACUACGAGCAGACCCUGAUCAUGUGGAACAUAUUAACCACACACCUGCACGUCUGACAAGUCUACAAGGACCAGCAGGAGCCAGACACAUGCUGGUUCUCUUCUAUUGUACUUGAAAAGUAGAUGUCACUACUUCUAAUGGAACUCUUCUACUAUAAAUUUUCUUUAUUAACCUUGAUUUGUGUAUCUUUAUAAGGUGCUAAUUCUGGAGCAAUUGACUUUUAAUUUAUUGUACGAAGUGAUAAUAUGGAAAUGUUAAUACUGUAAUUCAAAAGAUACAGUAAUUUGCUACACUUGGCUGUUCAAUGACUACUUCGACUAAAGUUAUGGCCAUACUUGUUAGACCUUAGGUACUAUUUAUAAGAGGAUUGAUUUUUGUAUAAAAUAAAAUAUAAAUAACA